AGCAUAGCAGCUGGGAGCAUUUGACCACGUGAUGCGAGAGAUGUUAGCGAGCAGCCAUCAUCAUUUCACCUAAUUCAUGUCCAGCCUGAAAUGGUAAAAGGUAAUUAAGACGACAAGGAAACUGAAAACUACGAUGGAGUAGGUGAAGCUCGUGAAGCCUCCUCCCGGUCUCAUCCACUGUGUUGUUCCCCAACUUACCAAGGUCGGCUCCAAAUCCCACCUGGUGUGGCCUUUGCUGUCUGCAGCUUGUGACAACGUGGAGCAACAAACCUGCUUCUUGGGUUGCUGGAGCACAGUGGAGGAGAGGGUCUGAGGCUGCUUACUCCCCCCAUUGGUCUUUGAGGAGGGGGGGAGGAGGAGGAAGAGGGAGCUGCUAUAACCACCCAGAGCAUGGGGCAGAAAGUCCCAGGUGGCAUUAAAACCAUUGAUAUGCGGGAUCCAGCGUUCAGCCCCCUGAAGCUGGAGCUACAGGCCCUGAGUCACACCAAGCCGUCUCGACUGGAUCUGCUGCUGGACAUGCCACCCGCCAGCGUGGACGUCCAGGUCCAGCAUUCGUGGAACAAUGACGACCGUUCCCUCAACAUCUUUGUCAAGGACGACAACAAGCUGGUGUUUCACAGGCACCCCGUGGCGCAGAGCACGGACGCCAUCCGGGGCCGUGUUGGCUACACGAGGGGACUGCACGUGUGGGAGAUCAGCUGGGCUAUGCGUCAGAGGGGAACGCACGCUGUGGUCGGAGUGGCUACAAGUGACGCCCCGCUACACUCUGUGGGCUACACGGCUUUGGUAGGAAGCAAUGCCGAGUCCUGGGGCUGGGACCUGUGCAGGAGUAAACUCUACCACGACGGCAAGAAUCACCCAGGAAUAACCUACCCGGCCUUCCUCGAGCCAGACGACACCUUCAUAAUACCAGACUCCCUCUUAGUAGUCUUGGACAUGGAUGAGGGGACGCUGGGUUACAUAGUGGAUGGACAUUAUCUAGGGGUAGCAUUCAGAGGACUUAAGGGCAGGAAGCUGUACCCAGUGGUGAGCGCCGUGUGGGGACACUGUGAAAUAAGAAUCCGGUACAUAAAUGGACUUGAUCCCGAACCCCUCUCUCUGAUGGACCUGUGUAGGCGCUCAGUGAGGGUGGCAUUAGGACGAGACCGUCUGAGUGAAAUCCAUAGACUGCCCCUGCCGGCCUCUCUCAAGAACUACCUGCUCUACCAAUGACGGUGCUGGCGGUCACAACACACUCUCCACACCCUCGUCUCUUGCUCAUGUUUCUCUGGGAUCCUUCUUGGGUUGAACCCGUUUGACAACAUUGCUCCAGGACUGGCUCAGCCUUUCAACAAGUAUGCUUCUGUGUCGGUGGCUGGACACCUUUUGAGUUUCUUAUCCUGUUUUUAUGACUCUUUGCAAUUGUAUUCUCUAACUUUAUAAAAUCAGGAAUCACUGAACACUAUGCACAUGCUGAUCCAGACGAUAGCCUGACAGUCACCAUGUUGGUGUACCUCCUCCAGUUUGUAGGUUAAUGUGGCCGUGUGGUCGGUAUCUCUGCUGUGUGACCUCCAGACUGUAUGAGUAUGAAUAUCUAUCUCGUAGCCUUUUAAAUUGAAGCUUUUUUGACUGUGCUUAAGUAAAAUUGUGUGGUGGAAAUUACACUUUGAGAGUUGGUGCAGAAAUGCACUGCCAGCAUCUGACCACAAGGUGGCAGCAGACACAUGUGAACCUGUACAUCCUCUCAAAUUGAGAAUUACAACAUGAAAUCCAGGUUGCUUUUAGAAUUUAUGGUUUUUAAUAUUGAAUAAAAAGGUGGUUCACACAACACAGACCAGAGAUGCUGACCACUCCACAGUGAGUCUGUGGUGCAGUGUGGAUGAAUGCACUGUGAGGCAGCUGAAGAGCAGCUCCGACCAUUCACUGCACUAUCAGGUUUCUCUGCGAUAUGGAAGUGUGCCCCAUUGCUUACCAUCGAGGCAUCCGACAGGAACAACAUCAGCAGAAAUUUUAACGGAAGGAUAAUGUCACUGUGAUUAUUUGUAGCAUGCAUCUGCAGGAAAUCUUUCUCAAUACAAUCACGUCUUUUUUAAAAUCUUUACUGUCACUCCUGCUUUUGGUAGUGCGGUAGUUUUCAACCACAUGCUGUCUGGGCCCAAGAGUGCUGUUUUUUUAUUUUCUCCAUCAGCUGAUUUCACUGGUUUGCACAUAUUCAGCCAGAGAAUGGAAACUAACCAAUGAAAUAUCCACUGAAGUGGUUUUAUGUAAUGAAAACGUGCUACUCUUGGGUCUCACUGGCACAUAGCUGAGAACCAUUGAUGUAGUGUUUGUGUUUUAUGACAUGUUAAGGGAAGAAAAGGGGGUUCGGGGAACAGACUAUGUAGGUUAACGACGUUGUGCCUGAAUCUGCAAACUUCAGAUUUAAGGCACCAUAACAACAGAAAAAAAGACAAUCCACAAAGUGCUGCACAAAUGUAAUAAAAUAAGAUCAGAUUGCCAACACGUUGUCAAUGCCAUAUCGUAGACCUGUUGACUAGUAUUUUUAAAUGUGCAGAUGUUGUCCUCAUUCAGCCCUCGGCUGGGUGCGGACACACUGUGCCACACUUUAUUCUCCUUGCUUGCAGCUUCCAUUUUAUUUUAUAUUCCUUGUUGUAGAUUUUUUGUUUGCAAGUAUCUAUUAAAGUUUAUUUCAAAGUA